AUGAAUUUUCAAGUAUCACCAGAACAUUUUCGCGCCAUAAUUUAUUACAACUUUCAGAGACAAUUAUCGCAACAAGAAUGCCUUGCUGAGUUACUGUCUGUUUUCGGCAACGAAGCGCCACAUCAGUCGACAAUUUCCCGUUGGUAUAGAGAAUUCAAACGCGGACGGAUCUCAAAGACCUCAAUUCAAAACAUUUUACAUGAAGAAUUAGGAGUAAGAAAAUUAGUUUCUCGUUGGAUACCCCACCUGUUGACUGAAGAGCAGAAAGCUGCCAGAGUCAAUUGGUGUCAAAAAACGCUUGACCGUUUCAAUUCCGGAAACUCAAAAAAUGGCCAACAAGUCAUCCGUUCUCGAAGUGUUUCGAAAAAGAUGGUCGCGACAUUUGUGUCAAAAGCGGGUCAUAUUGCAACGAUUCCUCUUAAUGAGCAAAGAACUGUUACUGCUGAUUGGUAUACCAUCAUUUGUUUGCCUAAAGACAUCACCGAGCUUCGAAAAAUCAACCCCGAAAGAAGAAUCCUCCUCCAAGACAAUGCAAGCUCACACACAGCCCAAAAAACAAGGCAGUAUUUAACGGAAGAAAACGUGGAAUUAUUGGACCAUCCUCCAUAUAGUCCCGAUCUAAGUCCUAACGAUUUCUUUACUUCCCCGAAAAUUAAAAACAGACUGCGUGGUCAAAGGUUCCAGUCACCAGAAGAAGCAGUUGACGCAUUAAAAUAUGCCGUUUUGGAUCUGCCAGCAAACGAGUGGAAUAAGUGCUUCGAAAAUUGGUUCGAGCGCAAGCAGAUAUGUAUUAAUCUUCGUGGAGAAUACUUCGAAAAACAAUAA